AAAAAAAUAAAAAAUAAAAAAUACAAUUGCCAUUAUCACUUUGACAUUUUCAAAACCUCAAACCCUAAAAAAUGUCAAAAAACCCUAGGCUCUGCUAAACCAGUGUUCAUCUUCAAAACAGUCCACUAAACAUUGCUAGUUUAACGAUGUUGACAAUCUUCAAAAGAUCGAACACAAACCCUAACAAUCUCUGGGUCUUGAUCAAAACGUACUGUGCUACAGGAUCGAACUCAAACCCUAACAAUCUCUAUUCCCGAAUUAGCCCCCUCGGAAACCCUAAUCUCAGUAUCGUCCCAGUCCUCGAUCAAUGGGUCCAAGAGGGCCAAAAGGUCAGAGCCUUCGAGCUUCGUCGCAUUAUUCGCCAUCUCCGUGGCCGCAAGCGAUACACUCACGCCCUAGAGAUUUCUGAGUGGAUGAGUAGUAAAGGUCUCUGCCUAUUUUCACCAGGUGACCAGGCUGUGCAGUUGGAUCUAAUUGGCAGGGUCCGAGGCUUGAAUGUUGCGGAGAGAUACUUCAAUAUGUUGAAUGAGCAUGAAAAAAUUGACAAGAUCUAUGGCGCGCUCUUAAACUGUUAUGUUCGAGCAGGACUUGUUGAUAAGUCCAUCUCCCACAUGCAGAAGAUGAAGGAGAUGGGUUUCGCUUCUUCUACUCUCAGUUAUAACGAUCUCAUGUGCCUCUAUACGCACACUGGCCAACUCGAGAAAAUCCCUGAUGUGUUAUUAGAGAUGAAGAAAAACAGUGUCACCCCUGAUAACUUCACCUAUAGAAUUUGCAUGAAUUCUUAUGGGGCGAGAUCGGACGUUAAGAGUAUGGAGAAGCUUCUAGAAGAAAUGGAAAGUCAAUCUCACAUCUCCAUGGAUUGGACCACUUAUUCAACCGUGGCUAAUUUAUACAUAAAAGCCGGUCUCAAAGAGAAAGCACUAAUUUUUUUGAAGAAAUUAGAAGAGAAGCUACACAAUGAUGCACUCGGCUACAAUCACUUGAUUUCGCUCUAUGCAAGCCUAGGAAAUAAAGACGAGGUGAGAAGAAUAUGGGGCUUCCAAAAAGUUACUUGUAAGAAGCAAUUAAACCGGGACUAUAUAACCAUGUUGGGUUCUCUGGUGAAACUUGGCGAGCUAGAAGAAGCUAAAGAAGUGCUUGAGGAGUGGGAAUCAUCUUGUCAUUGUUAUGAUCUCCGAGUGCCCAAUAUUCUCCUUAUUGGUUACUGUAAAGAGGGAUUGGUCGAGAAAGCCGAAGAAAUGCUUGAGGUCAUUGUCAAGAGAGGGAAGACUCCGAUUCCCAACAGCUGGGCAAUCAUUGCUAAGGCGUAUUUAGAUAAGGAGAAUAUGGGGAAAGCUUUCGAGUGCAUGAAGAACGCUCUGGCGGUGAAGGCGGAGAACCCGGGUUGGAGGCCUAAGGCUUUACUGGUUUCGAGAGUGUUGAAUUGGCUUCGCGAUAAAGGGGAAGUUGAUGAAGCAGAAGAUUUUGUUAGUUCGUUGAAAAAGGUCGAUGCACUGAAUGCAGAAAUGUACCAGGACUUGAUUAGAGAAUCAGAGGAGGCAAAGUAGGAUUUUUUAGAUGAAAAGAUGAGAAAAUUGAUGAAGAUGAAAUGGAAAAGCCAGAAAUAGAUCAUGAAAGCUGAUCUAAAAGCCCAUUGAAUUGCUUAUUGAUAAAAGGAUAGGUUGUAAAAGUAGGAGCUUUUUUGAGCUUAUUGGCAGUGGACAAUGAGAAAUUUACCACACCUUGAUUAGAGCAAGUAUGAACGGAAGAGCCAGAUGGGAUGGUUGAGAGCUUGAAAGAGGUGGAAAUAUUUCAUACGGAAAUUUGCCCUAAUUAACAUAAGAGGUAAACAGCAGAGACUACUGUUGUAAUUUAUCCUUAUUAAAAAAAAAAAAAAAUUUAAUUUCUGAUUAAAAACAAAUACAUUGAUAAUGAAAAACAUCAUUGCAUGAUACUAUCAUUUUUGGGUAUUCACAAUGUCUCUUUAAGACAA